AUUCAAGUGGUGCCUUAAGAGAGGGCUGUAAAUGCAAUUCCCCAAACUCAGCCUUCACCCUCCCCCUUGGCCACUCUCUCCCUGCUGUAAUGUGAUUUUCCAAGUGUAGAGUUCUCCCUGGUGUCGCAUUACAGCUCUGGCUCUGCAGCUUCUCCUCGGAGAAGCUUUGUUUUCCUCACCUUUCUCAUCUUUGCCUGAUUUUUAGACUCGUAUUUUGAUGCUAAGGAAACACUGCGUUGUGUGUGGUGGAGCAGUUGUCUUCAGAGUGUAAUUUUAAAGCCUGUCAGUGCCCUUUUACAUUAGAUUAACUAUGCUGGGUCAAGCAAAAAAGAUUAGCUGACACAACUGACAAUAUUUUCUGUUCACUGUGGCCAUCAGCAGGUUGCAAAGUUGCCCCCAAAGCAGCGCUUGGCUCUUUUAGCAGAAUUAUUUUUGUUUGUUUCCAGACAUGAGAAAAUGAUCGCAGUGAGUCAUAAUAGGAUGACCUUGCUGUAAGGUGUAAAAAAAAAAAGUAAUUUAAAAAGGUGGUGGUGGGGAGAAAUGCAAGAUCCCAAAGUGCACGCUGCAGAACAUGAUAAUGAAUCAGCAGAGAGCUGGAAUUUGCGCCGGGCCUCAGUGUUUAAUAGCAAUAAUUCAGAGCUGAAUCCAGACACAUUCACUGCGUUCAGCGUGAGCUCGGUGGAGCAGCUGACAGAGGACACCUACCAGUACAAAUUUGAAUUACCGGGAAAUAGCAGCCUGCGAUUGAGUUUAGGACAACAUAUCGUGUUAAGAGGAGUGGUGAAUGGUUUGGAGGUCCAGAGAGCCUAUACUCCAAUUAGCCCCAGGAAUGCAGAAGGUUACUUUGAAGUUCUAAUUAAAUGCUAUGAAGCUGGGCUAAUGUCACAAUACGUAAAAACGUGGAAAAGAGGAGACGUGGUCUUUUGGCGUGGGCCGUUUGGAGGGUUCCCAUAUCAGCCUAAUAAGCAUGGAGAACUCCUCAUGCUGGCCUCUGGCACCGGCCUUGCACCAAUGAUUCCCAUCCUCCAGUCCAUAACAGAUGAUGAAGAGGAUGAAACCUUUGUAACUCUUGUUGGCUGCUUCCCUACCUUUGACAAAAUUUAUUUAAAACCUCUUCUGCAGGAUUUGGCUCGGUUCUGGAAUAUUAGAAUAUUUUAUGUCCUAAGCCAGGAAACUUCACUGGAAAAACUUCCUUGGAGCUAUCAGGAAAACACGUACACUGGUCGUCUCAAUGAAGACUUGAUGAAGACAAUAGUCAAUUCCUGUCGAAGAAAGCCAUUUGUAUUAAUUUGUGGCUCUUCUGGAUUCAAUGAAGAUAUGAGUAGACACUUGAAAGCUGCAGGAAUUGAAGAAGAUUCCUGUUUUGUCUUUUAGCAGUACAUUCCUGACCUGAGGAACCUUAGGCUGAGCCUGGGAUGUCCUUGUUUCUUUGCAGACAUUGCACAAAAUGGGCCUGCUCGGAAGACUGAGCUCCUUGGAGCAACUAUUUGUUGAUCCUCACUCUGGAGUGUUUUAAGGAACAGGUGCCAUUCCAGAGUGGCUGGUACGUGGUGUGCCACCCAUACCUCAGGGACCUGCACAGAAAUUUUAAUGGAAGUCUUCAAGUGCAAUUUUAAGAAGGAGAUCUCCUAAGGGGGUACUAGAAAGCAUGCAUGCACACAGCUCUGCUGUAACGUGAGGAUUGGUGCCUUGCUUUGCAAUCUGUGUUAUUCUGCAGUGGUGUUGUGCCCUGUGGGGUGUCCAGAGGAGAGAUAUAAUCCUCAGGGAUCCUUGCCAGGCCAAGGGUACAGCAGAGUCAGGAUCACUUUGGUUCUGUCGUGUGCAGGCUGAUGUCAGGCAAGUCCCUUCAACCUCACUGUGCCUCAGUUGCCCCAUUGUACAUUAAUACAGAGAAGGUGGCACUGAUCUCUGAAAACAGCCAUUCCAGCUGUCUAUGGAAAGUGCAUCCAUAAGGAUGGAGUGAUUCAUUCUGUCUAGUGAGAACCUAGGCAGGCUGAGCUCCUCUCCUGGCACAGCCUGUGUUACCUACCCUGUGCUUAGCCCUUGAAAUGCUACCUAGGGGCACAAAGAGCAUGUCCUAAAUCUGGGAGAGCAUGGCUGGGUGGUGGCUGUUGUCUGUCAGGGAGGAUGGUUGUUUGCUUUCCAUGUCCCCUAAGUGUUGUAUCAUAACCCUGGCUCAUUAAAUUGAACCUCUUGACAACAUCAAACAGCUGUUUGAUGUUGUCACAGGACUCUCCCAGGUGCCCGAGGAGGUUCCCUAAGCAUACAGGAACACCACCUGAGGAGGGAAUGCUGCAUGGGGAGUGCUGGGGUGCUUCCCUGUGGGACAGGGAGCAGAGCCAGGGAGCUGCCUCAGGGAUGGCAGCCUGGCACAGCACCCAGCCUGGGCACCUGGGCCUCUUCCUCUUUUUUCAGUCCAAAAUGCUGCUGCUUUUCCUCUGAGGUAUGUGCUAUCCACUCUUUUACCUUUUCAGACUGGUGUGUUAAGCAUCUACACCUGGAAAUACAGCAAUCCUGCACAA